AUUUCUUCAGAGUCCUUCCUAUCUCAUGCCUCUUCCGUGUUUAGCUACCCCUUAUGACAUAUGCACCUCUCUAGUCAGUUGCCUUCAAGACUCAGAUCAAGGGCCAUCUCCUCCAGGAAGCCUUCCUGGAAAUCUACACCCUUCCAACAUAGCGGCUCCCGCAUUGGCUUGGGUGCUCCGAAGCCUAUGUCUGACACUCCAGUCAUGCCCAAGACCGGGAUCUUCCUCCUCCUGCUGAUGGCCUUGCCUUCCUCUCUCUGCUUCAACUUGGAAAUGGACAAGCCGACCACCUUCAGCAUGGACAGUGCUGGGUUUGGACACAGCGUGGUCCAGUACGCCAGCUGGGUGGUGGUUGGGGCCCCCCAGGAGAUAAAGGCUGCCAACCAAACAGGUGGCAUCUACCAAUGUGACUACAGCACAGGGAUGUGUAAGGCCAUCCACCUGCAGGUGCCCCCAGAGGCUGUGAACAUGUCCCUGGGCUUGUCCAUGGCGGCCACCACCAACCCCACUCAGCUGCUGGCCUGUGGCCCCACCAUGCACCGUGCAUGCAGGGAGAACAUGCACCUGACGGGGUUCUGCUUCUUGCUAGUCUCCCCAUCCUGGCAUGCCCAGAGGAUCCCCGCUGCCCUGCAGGAGUGCCCAAAGCAGGAGCAGGACAUCGCCUUCCUGAUUGACGGCUCAGGCAGCAUCUCCUUCAGAGAUUUUGCCAAAAUGCUGAACUUCGUGAGGGCUGUGAUGAGCCACUUCCAGAGACCGAGCUCCCAGUUCUCCCUGAUGCAGUUCUCCAACAAGUUUGUGGUGCACUUCACUUUCAAAGACUUUGCAAUCAGCUCAGACCCACUAAGCCUGCUGAAUUCUGUAACGCAGCUGCGAGGGUACACUCACACGGCCACAGCCAUCGGAAUGGUCACAGACCAAUUGUUUAGCGCCUCAAAAGGGUCCCGAAAAGAUGCCUCCAAGAUCCUGAUCGUCAUCACCGAUGGGUACAAAACAGGGGACUACCAGGAUUACAAGGAUGUCAUUCCCAGGGCUGAGGCCGCUGGCAUCAUCCGCUAUGCAAUUGGGGUGGGAUCGGCUUUUCAAACUGCACGUUCCUUGCAAGAAUUACAGGACAUUGCAUCAAAGCCGUCCAGUGAACAUAUAUUUAAAGUAGAGAAUUUUGAUGCUUUGAGAGACAUUCAAAACCAACUGAAAGAGAAGAUCUUUGCCAUCGAGGGUACACAGACCACAAGCAGUAGCUCCUUCGAAUUGGAGAUGGCCCAGGAGGGCUUCAGUGCUGUGUUCACGCCUGAUGGACCAGUUCUGGGGGCUGUGGGGAGCUUCAGCUGGUCUGGAGGGGCCUUCCUGUACCCCCCCAAAAUGAGCCCCACCUUCAUCAACAUGUCCCAGGAGAACGGGGACAUGAGGGACUCUUACCUGGGUUACUCCACUGAGCUGGCCCUUUGGAAGGGGGUACAGAACCUGGUCCUGGGGGCCCCCCGCCAUCAGCACACCGGGAAGGUUGUCCUCUUCACCCAGGUGUCCAGGCAGUGGAGGCCGAAGGCUGAAGUCACAGGGACCCAGAUCGGCUCCUACUUCGGGGCCUCCCUCUGCUCCGUGGACGUGGACAGAGAUGGCAGCUCCGACCUGGUCCUCAUCGGGGCCCCGCAUUACUAUGAGCAGACCCGGGGGGGCCGGGUGUCCGUGUGCCCCUUGCCCAAGGGGUGGGCUAAGUGGCAGUGUGGGGUCAUUCUCCAUGGGGAGCAAGGCCACCCCUGGAGCCGCUUUGGGGCAGCCCUGACAGUGAUGGGGGAUGUGAAUGGGGACAAGCUGAUGGACGUGGCCAUCGGGGCCCCAGGAGAGCAGGAGAACCAUGGUGCCAUCUACCUGUUUCAUGGAACCUCAGGACUGAGUAUCAACCCCUCAUACAGCCAGAGGAUUGCAGGUACCCAGCUCUCUCCCAGGCUUCAGUAUUUUGGGCAGUCACUGAGCGGGGGUCAGGACCUCACCCAGGAUGGACUGGUGGACUUGGCUGUGGGGGCCCGGGGACAUGCGCUACUGCUCAGGACCAGACCUGUGCUCAGGGUGCAGGCAACCAUUCGCAUCUUUCCGGCAGAGAUCGCCAGGUCUCUGUUUGAGUGCCAGCAGCACGUGGCCUCUGUCCAGGCUCUGGGUAGUGCCACUGUCUGCCUUCAUAUUCACGGAAGUCCCAAGAACAGGCUGGGUGACCUCAAAAGCUCUGUGACCUUUGACCUUACCCUCGAUCCUGGCCGCUUGAGCCCUCGUGCCAUUUUCGAGGAGACAAAUACCUGGAAUCUGACUCAUGUUCGAGUCCUGGGGCUGACAGAGCACUGCGAGGCUGUGAGGCUGCUCCUUCCGGCUUGUGUGGAAGACUCAGUGACCCCCAUCAUCUUGCGUCUCAACUUCUCCCUGGUGGGCAAGCACGUCUCUUCCUUUGGAAACCUCCAGCCCAUGCUGGCUGUGGAUGCCCAGAGAUACUUCACGGCUUCUCUCCCCUUCGAGAAGAACUGUGGUGCCAAUCACGUCUGCGAGGAUGACCUCAGCAUUUCCUUUGGGGUCUCGGGCUUGAAGACGCUGGUGGUGGGGAGUAACCUGGAGCUGAACUUGGAAGUGACAGUGCGGAAUGAUGGCGAGGACUCCUAUGGAACCAGAGUCACCUUCUUCUACCCGCCAGGGCUGUCUUACCGACGUGUAGCAGUGGGCCAGAACCAGCUGCAGUCACGCGCCCUGCGCCUGACCUGUGACAGCGCCCCUGCCAGGAGUCAGGACACCAUCAGCACCCGCUGUAGCAUCACCCACCUCAUCUUCCGUGAGGGCGCCCAGAUCACCUUCAUGGCCACCUUUGAUGUCUCCCCCACGGCCGUGCUGGGAGACCGGCUGCUUCUGACCGCCAAUGUGAGCAGUGAGAAUAACACUCCCAGGACAAGCAAGACCACCUUCCAGCUGGAGAUCCCGGUCAAGUACGCUGUCUACACCGUGAUCAGCAGCCAUGAAGAGUCCACCAAGUACCUCAACUUCUCGGCCUCAGAGGAGAAGGACAGCCGUGGGGCCCAGCACAGAUACCAGGUGAACAACCUGGGACAGAGGGACCUGCCUGCCAUUAUUGAUUUCUCAGUGCCUGUGAAGCUGAACCGGGUGGCAGUGUGGAAGGAUGUGGAGGUCUUCCACCCCCAGAACCCGUUCAUUCAGUGCUCUUCAGAGAGAAUAGUGCACAGAGAGUCUGACUUCCUGACCCACUUUCGGAAGAAUCCUGUGCUGGACUGCUCCAUUGCUGACUGCCUGAGGUUCCGCUGUGACAUCCCCUCCUUUGGUGUCCAGGAGGAACUUGACUUCAUUUUGAAGGGCAACCUCAGCUUUGACUGGGUCAGCCAGACAUUGCAGAAGAAGGUGGUAGUCGUGAGUGUGGCUGAAAUCACAUUUGACAGAUCUGUGUAUUCCCAGCUUCCAGGACAGGAGGCAUUUUUGAGAGCCCAGACGGAGCUGGUGCUGGAGAAGUAUGAGGUCCACAACCCUGGUCCCAUUAUUGUGGGCAGCACUGUGGGAGGACUGCUGCUGCUAGCUCUCAUCACAGCCGUACUGUACAAGGUUGGCUUCUUCAAACGUCAGUACAAGGAAAUGAUGGAGGAAGCAAAUGGACAGACUGUCCCAGAAAACGGGACAGCAGACCCCCAAGCUGCCCAAUAAGAAACUACCUUCUGUUCUUUGGAUCUGCUCUUCCCUGAGAGGUUUCCUGGCCCUCUCACUCUCACCCAAGUUAAUUCUGAUGGGAAAGAAGCAUUUCAUGUGAGGGAGGCUGGGAUCAGGUUGCUUUCGCUCCUUGGGAGGAUGCAGUGUGUGUGCACAAACAUCUUGCCUGGGAAGGGCCAUUGGUCUUGUCAAGGCUCCAACUGGAAAUCCCAGGACAAGAUCCCUGCCAUGCCCCUCUGAGGACUUGACUUGGAAUUUCUACUUAGAAAUACAUGGAUAAUAGCCUCAAGCACCAGUCUCCCCUCUUCCAGUAGCCACCAGUGACCUUUCAAAAACACAGUGCUGAACAAGGCACUCAUCUUCAUCCAUCUUCAGUGGCUCCCCAUUACUCGCAGUGUAACUUCUGAACUCUCCAGCUUGAUGUUAGGAAGCCAGUUCCAUUUCCAGAAGGCUGGCUUCAGAACACACAGUAUGAGAUGCUCUGUGCCUCUCUGUCAUUCUCAUUUCUAGUAAAAUAUUGCCAGUCAGUUCUUA